AUGUCGCACGGCGAUGGGAUUUCGUUGCCUGGGGAUCAUGGGAGAAGUGGGCGGACACCAUCCUUGUUGUUUUCAAUCGAAGUGAGAGACCUUGUUUGGGGCGUUGGAAUCUUGGAGUCGUUCCGAGAUGAGAAGCAGACUGCAAGCCUGGACUUACAUCCACCGCAAAACCAACAUGAUUCCACACUGCCGUUGCCUCAGGCAACAUGCGAGAUAAGAGGGAAGUUGUUGUUGGGGGUUGAAUGGAACAAGAGCGGUGCAAAAAUAGAAUUGCACUCCAUCCGCUCGCUGGUCCUACCAGUGUCCAGAUUUUAUGAACUCAAGAGGGCAGAUUCAGGAGGUGAAAACGACACAACCUUGUGGACCCUGCAAGUCUGGGCGUUGCCACCGGCCAAUGUAGAAUCGACAAGCAUUCCAGUUUGCAAAAUUGAAAUGGCAGAGCCAAAAGGUCCGAAAGCGAUUCCGUUUACGCAGCACAAGUUGAAGCUGGAACGUCCCAUCGAGGUUUUCUGGCCAGAGACGUGGCAGAACUGGCCGACGUUUGAAGCUGCAACAGCAACAGAAGCCUCUGAAGCCCAAGGUGAUCAAGUUACAACACAGGAUGUUAGGAAUGUUACCGAUGUGACGGCCGCUGGAGUGGAAGUGCUGAAUCACAGCAUGCAUGGCCUGCAUAGCGUGACAAGCAGCGUAGCAAUGCGUUGCCGACAUGCCAUGUUUGAAGGUGCCACUGAGAACGGAGCCACAGCUCGCAGUUUGAAACAUUGGGCUGAACUCGAAAGUUGGUUUCUCUUUGGGCCGCGAUAUGCUCGAUAUGACGAUGAGCUGCUUCCAAUUGAUGAAGUCACGGCACUUCAUCCAAAUGGCGAGUUUGCUCUGACUGAGAGCGAUUUGCUAGAGUUGAGACAAGAUGACAACUACAUUUUUUGCCACUCGAGCGUCGUGCGCUUUGUGUUGUUGUCAUGGGGCUGGGACGUUGAAGCUGGAGAACUUACAAAGGACGAAGUCAGUGGGCAAGGUUGGAUGUCUAGCGGAAGGCAUGCUUGGAGAUUAAGACAUUUGUGCCUGUCUUGUUGGCUCUUGGGACAAGACGACUUACGCCAAACAUGUAACGACUUCGUCAUGUCGCUGGGCGCAGAUGCCCCUUGGACAGAAGAUGGCUUUUCCGAAGCCUUGUUUACACUGGGCAUUCAGCAGAAAGCUGAAGAAUUCUGGAACUCACGCAUGCCAGCGAGCUGCCCGACAGAAGAUCCUCGUACUCUUCAAGGUAUACUGCUCGCAGAUGAUCUUCAAAUAGAUCAGACCUUGUAG